UCUAACCAACCACCCAUUAACAUUUCUUGCACUCACUCCUCAAUUAUAAAACCCUUACCACAUCAUUCCAAUUUCACUCAUCACUCACCUCUAACUCAAUCUCCUUCACACUUUUCCACCAAAUACUUUCUAGAAACCAUGGCUUUGGGAAGAGGCAGUGCAUUGGUUCUACUAGUAUGCUUUUUUGUUCUUAACUCUGACUUCGCUCAUGCUGUUACCUACACGGUUGGAGGUAACGGAGGUUGGACCUUUAACACUGUUUCCUGGCCUCAAGGAAAACGCUUUAAAGCCGGUGACACACUUGUCUUCAACUAUAGUCCUGGAGCUCACAAUGUGGUGGCGGUGAACAAAGCAGCAUAUGACAAGUGCAGCACACCAAGAGGAGCCAAAGUGUUUCGAUCAGGAAAGGAUCAGAUCAGGCUUGCUAGGGGACAAAACUAUUUCAUCUGCAAUUAUAAUGGUCACUGCCAGUCUGGGAUGAAAAUUGCCGUCACUGCUGCCUAAAUUUUAUGUUAUAUAAUAAUCUAGUGUUCAUCUUUUUAUAUGUGUGUUUUGCAAAUUUUACACCUCUUGUUGUCUUGAGUUCUUAAUAUUAAAAUAAGUGGAUAGGUGGGUGUGAAGUGUUAGUACCAUGUUUGUUAUCAUGGGUCUAGUAAUAAUAAUUGUGUGUCAUAGUAUGAUUUUUGGAUCACAUUGAAUGAACUACACAUGACUUGAAUUUAAA